AAUGAAUUUUUUUUUCUUAUUGUUACCAAAUUUUAAUUUCUAAUUUGUAAUUAGCAAUAAUUAUCACAACUUCCAUUUAAUCAGUGAUCUUAAUCAGCCACUUAAUUAGUGAGGAGAUGAAAUAAAAUUUCUAUUCGAUUGAUUUAUUUUCAUUUCUUCUUCAAAGUGUUUGUGUGAGUGUUUUCCUUGUUUCUUUUCAUUACAUUGGUGAGAAUUGUUUUUGUUUCUUUCUAUUCUCAAUAUUGUUGUUUAUUUAAUAGGUUUUCUUUUAUUCUUCUUUAUUUUGAUUAAUUAAUUGAUUACCACAAUGGUUGACACGGAUCUUAAGACUAUGAAAAAGGUUUUAAGGUCAGAGAUUACUAGUAUUCUUAAUUCAAUGACUGAGGUUAAUCGUUGCUCUCAAUCCGAUGAGAUCUUAUCAAAGAUAAUUAACCAUGAAAAAUUUAAGGAAAGCCAGAGAAUCGCUGUUUUCAUUGGUAUGCCUGAGGAGAUUAAAACUGGAAAAAUAAUCGAGCAAAUCUUUAAGCUUGGUAAAAAAUGUUUCAUUCCAAGGAUCAUCUUAAAAAGUAAACAUAUGGACAUGGUAGAAAUGAAAUCAUUGGAAGAGAUUGAAAACUUGCCAACAAUUAAAUGGGGAAUCAGACAACCUGAAACUGUUACCCGAGAAGCCAUGGACGAUGGUGGACUUGACUUUAUGAUUGUUCCCGGAGUCGCUUUUGGUCCUGAUAAUUCACGAUUAGGACAUGGUGCCGGUUAUUAUGAUAACUAUUUCGCCCGUUACAAGGCAAAAUUUAAUCGUCUUCCCUUUUUAGCUGGAGUUUGUUUCAAAGAGCAAAUACACAAUUCAAUUCCAAUGGGUCAAUAUGAUGUUUAUGUCGAUCAUGUAAUUACUGGUUAAUUUAAAGUGAUUGUGAUAUUCACACACACACAAAAAAACGGACGAAAACAAAUGAAUAGAAAUCAUCAAAUUGUAAUUGUUUGAUUUUUUCUUUAAUUAGUUAGAUUAAUGGGAAAAUAAAAUUAGCCAAUAAGCUAA